AAACACAGAAAGGGAAAGCAUUGUUAUUUCUCGCUGGGAGCUGAGGCUGUUUUCUUCCUUCCUCGCCCGGUGGAUCAGAGUUUUUGGACAGAGCGUACCUAGAGUGUAAUAUCAGAGAGGACGGACGGAUUGGAGACGCGCCCGGGUUGGAUAAACGCCUGGUUCUCAGAGAAGAUUUGGAAAGAUGACAAGAUUUACAGGAGCACCGGGGAUGGUGUGUGUCCUUCUCUCACUCUCCGUCUAUGCUGAGAUACCGAAGAAUGAGCUCACGGACAGACAGACACAGGCUGUCAACAUUGUAAUGGAACAUUUCCACAAGAGGGAACACAUCCAAAAUGCCUUCAAUGUCUUCUCCAUAACUAAAGCAACAGAAACGGAAUUCUCUGCCGGAUCCUUUGUUCAUUUGCAGUUUACACUGAAACCAACCACAUGCCGAAAACACCAGUGGAAACAACCUGACUGCAAGAUCACUAAAGAUCCGAGGUCGUUCCAUUGUUUGGCCUGCUUUAAGUUUCAAUAUGGGUCACAUCAAGUCAUGUCUGAGGUGAAGGACUGCGUUCUACAGCGCCAUUUAAGUGCGGAACGUAAACAGAAGUGGACUGAAUCCUGCUCAGAGGUGAAGCGCAAGGACGAGCCUCCUGGUCUGAUUCUUCCAGGCGUGUACAGCUUCCUGAAAAGUGGAAAUCAGUGAGAUUCUGCCACAUGGAGAUGGGUAUGCAGGCUCACGGCUGGAAGGUGAACGCAUGAUGGAGAAUGAACGCUGAACGCCAGGAUAAAUCCAAUGCGGACCUGGAAACCUUCCACAUAUAAUAAAACAUAUCACUAUGUAGAGUCAGACGACAUGUAUUAAAACAUAUUACUAUAUAGGAUCAGAAGUGUGAUAGAAUUUAUCUUGGUUCCAAGGCUCAAGCUUAUAGGUGUCAUAUUAUGAUAUCCUAUAUUAAAAUUGGCUAACUUGGACUCAGGAAAUGCUUGAUGUUUAAACCGACACUUAAGACCAUAUAUGUCUAGUUCCGGGAGCAGAUAGCCCCCACCUGAGCUGUCUCUCCUAAAUCAGUCUGUUCCUUCUCUUUCUCUGAACCUAUCUGUUAUAUAUACAUGACAUUCAUCCCUAUGUCUUAUCUGUACUCCUUUCACCCUUUCACUCCCUUCCUACUACUGUCCUAUUAGUAUUUGCACGUAAGCACUUACUUUUUAAUGUAUAAAAAUCCCGCUGACGAAUAAACAAC